AUGCAAUUAUCAGGUUUUGUUUUAGCAGCCACUGCGCUCUUGCGGAUUGCUUUAGCUAGUGAUAUCAGAGAAGAGAAGUAUGUUCAAGUUGUACCUCAAGCUACUCUGUGGUCUAUAGGUGCAGUCAUUGUUAUAGGAAGUAUCGCUGCAUCAGUCAACUCAGAAUUGAGAUCGUUCACCAGAGUAGGUAUCGCUCUAAUGGCUAAUCUUUCGAGUAUAUCUGCAAUUUUCUUAGGUGGACUAAUGACUGGCUCGGAACGAUUUCCAAAUAAUCCAGAGUAUUGGGUUUUUGAAGGUGAUAAAAUAGAUGACAAAUUGCUUCAGUUAUAUUUUAUUCUCAGUGUUAUUAUCUUCGUAGGUGCAUGUGGAUUCCAGAAGAAAUCGGCAGGACCAAUUGCCUUUAUCACGAUGGCGACGAAUACCAUGGCAUAUGUUUUGUUGCAUCUGGUUAUUGCAACUGAUCAAUAUGUGUUAGAUAUAAUAUCAAUGAUCUUUGAAGCAUUCGUAUUAGCAUCUACUUUAAUGUCAUUAAGUAUAAUUUUCACUACAGAUUACAAGUUUUCAUACAAAAAGUUUAAUUUGAAACAUAAACAAGAAGGCUCUGAAAAAUCCGAUUCAGAAUUCUCUAGACAAUCUUCAGUAGAUUCAUUGGAAACAGUGUAA